UUUUGGUGGAGCGUGGAUUGGUUGGUGGGCGCCAUAAUCCAUCGUCAAGCAAUUGCCGCGACGAUGGCGCAAGAAGACAAGACGAACGAUGCAGCGGUGGAGGAGCAUCAAUUGCAAACUGGAUGGAGUUUGUGGUUUGACAAGAAGAUGCCCAAACGCACGGACGUGAGCACGUACCAAUCCAACUUGCAAAAGAUCGCCAACUUUCACACCGUCGAAGGCUUUUGGCGCCACUAUAUCCACGUGAAGCGCCCGUCGCAGCUGGCCAAGGACACCAACUUGUACCUGUUUCGUGACCAGCUCAAUUGUGCGCCGAUGUGGGAGGCGUUCCCAAACGGUGGGUGCUGGAUCCUCAAGAUCAAGAAGAAGGCCAACGUCCUCGGCAAGAUGUGGCAGGACCUGCUCUUUGCUGUGAUCGGCGAGGCAUUCGAAACGCUCAAUGUCGUGGGUAUUGCCAUGGCGCUUCGGUCGAAAGAGGAUAUGAUCUCUGUUUGGAACGCCGACAACGCCGAUGACAACGUGCGCUUUGCGAUUGGGGAAAAACUCAAAGAGAUCCUCAUGUUGGACUCCAACACGUUGAUCGAAUACAAGUUCCAUUCCAACUCGAUCCGCGACAUGUCGACCUUUCGCAAUGCCAAGCCGUACGUGUUUGCUGCGUCGACUUAGUAUCAAGCGCCAGAGAAAGAGACAAAGAGCGAGUAAAGAUAACAUACCCGCGAGAUACACGGUAGAUGAACGUCGCUGCGUUGGCAGUGUCGUUCGUAGCGUGCCUCUUGGACGUGCUUUAACAACAAUCGAACGUGUCGACAUGAUUAUUAUUGCAAA